CUCUCUUGCUCCAGCUCAUAGUGGAGCACAGCAUGCUUGUGGAGUCUUUACGCACCAACCACUAAGGAAGAAGCUUACCACUCUCUCCGGCAACACUGGAUUGCUCUUUCCCUUUGCUUUCAGUUUGAACUUGUGAUUAGGAGCUCCUGGCGGAAGCAGCGUGGCUCUGGAUUACUCGGGCCACCCUGCUCGAGUCACGGUGACCAUCAAGGCAUGAACACGAUGGAAACGUGAGGAGGAGAAGAACAAGAAGAGGAAACACCUUCUGUUUUUUUUUUUAGAUAUUUAGAAACUGAAAUCAUGAUCCCGCCGGCCAACUCUACCCAGGAGGAGAGUAGUGGGGGAAAAGAAGAUGAGCAGAAUGAGACUCCCAAAUCCCCGAGCAACAUUUCCAACCAGGAGACCCGGAAUUCUGCAAGGCCUCAACACCCCAAACGAAAGCUCCAGAAGCUCAAGCGCUCAUUGUCCUUCAAAACCAAGAGCAUUCGCAGCAAGAGUGCCGACAACUUCUUCCGGAGUGGCGGCGACAACAAGACGGAGCUCCUCUCUGACGUUAGCGGCAGCACGGGCCACCUGUACACAAUCGGCAUGGCGCCGCCGCACAUCACCACCGGCCCGUCUAUCCCGCCCGUGCCCCCUGCCAUCCCCUGCGCCCCCCCUCCCACGUCGCGCUCCCAGACGCGCAAUCCACUGCAGGUGGACUCGGCCGGACACUGCUUCAUGGAGCACAUCUUCAAGAAGCCCACUUUCUGCGACGUUUGCAACCACAUGAUCGUAGGUACCACAGCCAAGCAUGUGGUGUUCCUGGCGGGCAACACGGCGAAGCAUGGCCUGCGCUGCAAAGCUUGCAAGAUGAGCCUGCACCACAAGUGCGAGAACGGCGUCGGGCAGCAGCGCUGCAUGGGCAAACUGCCAAAAGGCUUCCGGCGGUACUACAGCUCACCGUUACUGAUCCAGGAACAGUACGGCUGCAUCAAAGAAGUCAUGCCCAUCGCUUGUGGUAAUAAAGUAGACCCCGUCUAUGAGGCCCUCAGGUUUGGGACAUCGUUGGCUCAAAAGGCCAAACGAGCCAGUGGCUCUGAGUCUCCACAAAGAAACUCGACCAGUGACUUGGAUAACGUUCCGGAGGAAGUGGUGGCUCAUGGCAGCAGACAGGCACUGUCAAGAAAACACAGCGAUGAUGUUUUCGCAGUUCUUGAGAACGGGGCUGAGCACUACUACCAUCAACCUGAGAGAACGCCCAACAAUUCAGAGCUGGAAGACAGCCAGCUUCACCAAGAUGCACUCCAGCUCAACACCUACGUGGCCUUGUACAGCUUUACUGCCCAGGAGAGCCAUGACCUGGAGAUGAGGGCGGGAGACCGGAUAUUGCUUAUUGAUGAAUCCAAUGAUGAUUGGUGGAAGGGGGUGAUUGAGGACAGGAUCGGUUUCUUCCCGGCAUCCUUUGCACAUCCAUUGCGGACGGGAGACCAGGUUUUUAGGUGCAACAGGACCUUCAUCGGCUGCAGGGAGCAGGGCCAGAUUACGCUAAAGGAGGGACAGAUUUGCGUGAGCAGUGAGGACGAAGGCAACGGUUUCAUCAGGGUGGCAAGUGGCAAGAAGCGAGGCUUCGUGCCCUGUGAUGUCCUCGACAUCAUCUGAGGAGGAUGACAGAAAGCAAAGGCGGCGUCCACUGGCCCCAGAGGUCAGACAAGGUUGACGCUACGUACUUCUUAUGAAGCGAGGGGUGCUGAUGUUCUCAUUUCAAGGGUGGACGGGGAGCAGGACACACACACACACGUGACAAUACAAGUGCUGCUUUGUUUAUUGAGCUGCUAUCACUGGAUUUCAUCUUUUAAUUUAUAGUUUCAACAUAGCGACAAGACGUCUCUCUUUCAGUUUGAGUUUCAAUGAGUGGAAUGCCCUUGAAAAUAAUUUUUCAAAAAUGUCAUUGAUUCUUUCAACAAGGUUUUAGCAUUUAUUUAUUUGUUUAUUUGAAGGAGUAAUAUGCCAUACUGAAAAUAGAAAUGCAAUUGUAUGAGAAAAAAGUUGUAACGUUAGGCAAAGUUGGGGUUAGUUUGGGGG